AUGGAGGUGGAAUCGACGUUGGUCUGUCGACGAGUCGACGUGCUUUCUUCGUCGUUUUCCGUUUACCAGAACUGGAAAACUACCGACAUUUGCAAAUACGGUAUUCAGUUGAAAGAUUUCCUCGAAGAUUUUGAACUAAUCAAAUCAGCUUUGGAUGACGUUAUCGAGAACAGUAUCACUGAAAUUUCAUAUCGUUCGGCAUCGAUUAAAGAAGACGUUGCGAAUACGGUUGAGAAGUUGAAUGGCUGUCUUAUGAAGCUGAAGAUCGCAGUCAGGAGGCAGUUGUGGUCAUGUGCCCGUACUCUGGAUUCAGUGGAACGUCAGAUGUUGGAGGACAGUCGUUCCGCUGUUCAGCUACUGCGAAUGGCUGUUACUUAUAGCCCUUGUUUUGAAGGGCUUCAAUCAGACAUCACCUCUUUACGGAGUCUUGAGCGAGUACUUCCUUGUGGGCUCGAGAGCGAAAUUUCUUCACUGUACGAAAGAAUGCGCGAUGUGCAGUCGGUUUCUGUGCAAAGAAGUGAUCUCAGCCGGAAAUGCGUUGCUUUGCAAGACAGCGUGCUGCAGACUAUAUGCAACCUCAGCGCGCAGUUGUCCAGGGACAAUAUGUCUUGCUAUUUGUACGGUGACAUGGUGACUCGUGCUCGAGCGGCGGUAGCGGAGUGUCGCUGUCGCUUGGUCGAAUUCCUCGAGCGUCUCAGCACCACAGACGGCGUCCAAACGUUAUUCGACGAGUGUCAGUUGCUGUUGCAUAAGUGCUGCAUAUCUGAUGACUCACUGCAGAAGAUUUCCACUGAACACCGUCCAGACGUGGUCCAGCUUAAAGGCAUGAAUCUGCCGCGAUUUUCUUCGUUCGUUUCCGAAGCGCUGCCAGUUGAACUCUCCAGCGUUACUGUGACAGGACAUGAAAAGGAAGCUCAUGCGACGUUACAUGCAGUAACUGAUUUGACCGUUUCGUCGAUUGUGACUCUGCAGACACCUUCAAUAUCCGUAGACGGUAUCGACGGCAGUUUGUCCGUUGUUUCGCAGCCAUCAGAAGAAAACGUUAUUCGCGCAUUGCCAGAAGUAAUUGAAAAAGCUAAGACAGAGCUGGAAAGUCAGUCAUUCGAGGCUUUGCCGUCACCAGAGAAGUCAACCGAAGAUCUGUUGCCGUCGGCGCCAUCAGUUGAACUGCACAAUUCUGAGGUAAGCAAGAUGGGACGGUUUAUUGAGCGAUAGAU